GGUUUUUGAGUAUGCACUGGCAUUGAUAAGUGGGAAAAAGUCUGAUAACAUCCAUACAUGCCUACGCUCCAUUUCGUUCUUCCUCUUCUGCAGGCACUCGAAACUCUAGCAAGAUAAUGGAGGAAGCACAAAACGGCACCGUAAACUCGACGCGCUUCCCUCCGCUAACUUGUAUGAGAAAAGUUUUAUGCACCGUGGCGUGGUUACGCAUGUUGCUGUCUCUUCGGCAGAUUUUUUCAUCACUAGGAGCGCUGAUGUCUUUUAUGCCCUGUACCUGCAUUCAAGAUAUUGGAGGAGUUCCAACCAUGAGAAUGGUGUCAAUACUUCAAAAUAAUAAGGCGGGACAAAUAAGACUGUAUACUGUAAAUAGAGUCUCAUCUUCUGUGUCAACUACUAUUCAGGGUAUACUGGACCACAAUUUUGAGAAUGUGCAAAAUUUGCAGUGUCAAGAAAAUCCUCACUUUGUUCUGGAAAUCAUCGAAAUGUUCUGCCGUGAUGCAGAAAUUUCCAUAGCAGAAAUGACCAAAUAUGUGGAUGAGCCUGUUGUAGACUAUGCCAAGGUGACUUGUUUUAUCCACCAACUGAAGGGAAGUAGCUCAAGCGUCGGUGGUUGUCGGAUUGUCGUUGCCUGUCGUGAGCUUCGAAAAGCUAGUGAAAACAAAAUGAAGGAAAGGUAUGAAGUCACUUUUCAUUCCCGCACUAUUACAUGUUUGUUUUUUUUACAAAGUACCACUCUGUUCAUUUUCAAACAAAUAGUUUUUGAGUUCUUGCAUUCUUUUAAUAGAACACAUAAAUGAUUGAAAUGCUUGUACUUUGGUUCCCGAUUCCCAGGUAUAUGCAAUUGGAUACAAGUUCUGAUGUUAUGUUCAGGCCAAAUCACAACUAGUUGUUGCCCUAACUAUUGUGAAGGUUUCAUGUAACAUUUGGAUUAGAAAGGCUGGUUUGUAGUAGGUCUAGGGCAGCUCUAUUGGUCUUGUCAAGCAGUUGUGUAUAUAGACAAGUGACCAUGAGAUCAUCGGUAUAAACAUUUUUAGCAAUAGAACCUUGGUGCCCAAGUAUCCUUGUCAAGGUGCCAUUAACCUUAUACUUUAUGAUUGAUAAAGGUUUACAUUCGACCUCAUGUAUUUGCUAAGGUUAUGUCUUCAGCUGAACAACCUUUGCUUAUAUUAGUACGAAAAUGAGGCCAAAGUUUCAAGAAGAUGAGGUCAUUUUAUAUCUGUCCUACUCUUAACUCCAUUAUGAAAUCUUUAGUGCACCAAUGCAUAGUGUUUUUAACACUACUCUCAGUGCUCCUAGCAUCUUCUUAUAUCUUUAUACAUCUAAAACGUUUUUUUCUUUUAUAAUCCUC